CGAUCACCAUGUACGCUUGCCAAAAGUGAAGAACACCUUUCUCUUUUUCUAUCGUAACGGUCUUCAGGAGCGUAAUUUGAGUUGGUGUUCAUGCGUUCGAUGCAAUUGACGAAGAUUAAGGUGAGAUUAAGGAAAGGUAAGGAAUAUGGAAGAGAGAGAGGUUACCAUUAAUCUCAAGAUAAUUGGACCUUCGCGUCCUCAUCGAUUACCAGUUCCUUCUUCAAUCAAGGUGCAUGAAUUGAGAAAAUUAAUAGGCGCAGAGGUCCAUUCGCCUCUUGAACGAGUGAAGCUUAUUUUGCAUGGCAAAGUGUUGCAAGACACGGAACAUGGGGAUGACAUGUAUGUGAAUCUGAAUGAAGGAGAUUCUUUGUUAGUAGCUGUUGCACCAAAACCGCCUGCUAAACACAUUCGUGAUGGGUAUGAUGGUGAUGAUGAUGAUGAUGAAUUGAAGUUUAAGAUGCCAGAAUCAACAGCUAGGUGGAAGAGGCAGCUAUUCUCUUUCCUUCAAGAGAAGUUGAGGUUUCCAGAUAUCCUGUUGAUGGCAAUUUUCUCUACCAGUCUAAAAGCAUGGGCCGUCAUCAUCAUGUGGUUUAUGUUGGCACCUGUCGCGUACCGAUGGGAUAUAGGACCUUUAUAUAUACUCGCCACAGGGUUUAGCAUCAUACUUUUCAAUCUUGGACACAGGCAACAAGGCGAUCUCAGGUCUUUAUUGGAUAGCAAGCAGUUGCGAAUUUCGGGAUUUGCUGAAAUAUUCUAUGAUUCUCUCUUAUAUGAAAAUAUGAAUCACACAAAAUCUUGAUGGUGGUGGGGAUCUCUCUCUCUCUCUCUCUCUCUCUCUCUCUCUCUCUCUCCCCAAGUGAUAACAGGUUUGAUUUUGUUAUCUACAUAGAUGUACUUAGAAACCACGUUUUGUAUUGUCACCUUCAAAAAAUGAAGGAACCUGAUCACACAAAAUCUUGAUGGUGGUGGGGAUCUCUCUCUCUCUCUCUCUCUCUCAAAUGGAAACAAGUUUGAUUUUGUUAUCUACAUUGAUGUACUUAGAAACCACAUUUUCUAUUGUCACCUUCAAAAAAUCAAGGAACCUGUUAUUAUUUC